ACCAAUCAUGGACGUCUUCGCUUGAGAUUUUGGCGUUUACAUGAAUAAAUAAAAAUGAGUUUUUAAAUUAAUUUAACCAAUUUCUUUUAACAUUUUGGUAUAUUAGAAAAUGGUAACGAUUGUUGACGACUUAGAUUCUUUGACUUUGCAAGAGCCGAUUUUCAAGGAUGUCAAGUAUUACCUGUCUGGCGAUGUCUCGGAAAGGGUUUUACUACUUCUGCAGUCGGGCGGCGCCGAGAGCACAAAGUAUUUCUCAGACUAUGUCACUCAUUUAAUUUGUGGUCAAAAUGCCGCGGAUACAGACCUCGACGAUGCUCAAGACAUCUACCAGAUACCAGCAGUGACUGAGAACUGGGUGUUUGCUUGUGCUAGGUUAAAGAAAUUGGCGUGUGCUAAGCCGUACGCUCCUAUCAAGAACAAGAUUUUCACGAAUGUUGUUGCUUGCGUAUCUCGAGUGAGCGUGGCCGACGCUAAAACCUUGUUCGCUCUCAUCACGUUCAACGGUGGCAAGGUGUGCUUGAAUCUGGACACUCAGUGCACUCAUCUAAUUUGUGGUUCUGCAUCAGGCAAGAAAUACAGUGCUGCUCUCACUCUGCCUGCAAACAGAAUUAAAAUUGUGACCCCAGAUUGGGUGCUAGAGAGCAUAAGAGCCAGAAUACAGGCAGUGGCUGAAGUAUUCCACCCUAAAUUACUGAUAGUUCCUCAGCCACAAAAACCAAUGGAUCGUAUCAGUGCAAUCACUGGUUUUGACUUUGAGGAAAGUAUAGCAAAGAAUGAGGUUCCUACUCAAAAUAUUGCUGAAAGCAAAGAUGACAGCACACAAGCAUUAUUAGAUAAAUUGAAACAGAGGAUGCCUUGGAAUCAUCCUCCGUCCACUGCAAAUUCGUCAGGUAUUGCCACAUCGACCGUAAGCUCUAUUGGAUAUACAACGACUUCUCUGCCCACAUCAAGUAUCAUGAGUAAGACCUUGCCACAGGGUAUUAUAUCUCAAAAUUUACAAAUUCAAAGUACUCAAGCUCAAUUGAUGCAGAAGUUUGGACAGACUAUAGUGUCUCAACCAGGACUUAAUAUACAAGCACAACAAAUUAGUAUGCAGCAACAGCAGCAGCAACAACAGCAGCAGCAGCAACAGCAACAGCAGCAACAUCAGCAGCAACAACAACAACAGCAGCAGCAACAACAUCAACAACAGCAGCAGCAACAACAAUACAAUCAACAGCAGCAACAACAGCCACAUGGCCUCACAGCUAUAUCAAUACAGCAACAAAAACUAUUGCAACAACAUCAACUCAAAAUGCAAAUGCUGCAGCAGCAACAACAAAACAAAAUGAACAACCAGCAAAAUCAACAGUUUCAACCGAAUGUUUCUGUAUCACAAAUUAAUCAGGGUCUAAAUAAUCAGAUGCAGCAACAUAUUCAAUCUAAUCAGCAUCAUAAUAUACAGCAGAAUAUACAAACAUCCAACACGUCUAUGACAUCGGCGCAGCAACAGAUUGAAAACAUAAGUCAAAUGCUCAGUCAGAGUGCUAAUAACCUUCAACAAGCACAAUUGAAUCAGCAAAAUAUCUCAAUGAAACAGAGUCUAAGUUUGAGUCAGCAAAGUGCAUCUCAAGCUGUUCAAAAUAUAGCCCAACAGUUGGCCCAAUCCACACAGAAUUUGCAACAAAGUCUUCAAAAUGCUAAACUGAAUCAGAGCCUGGGACAAGGACAAGUGAUUAACCAACAGCUAAUAAACUCAGGACAACAGAUGACUAAUCAAAAUCAGAACUUAAUUCAACAGCAGACAGUUCAGUCACUGACAAAUCAACAGCAGAAUAUAAAUAUGGGUGUUGUGAAUCAGCAAGGAUUAGUAUCAUCAUCACAAGCUCAAUCAGGGCAAGGAGUCCAACUCAACCAGUUGGUUGGUAAUUCUGGCCAAUCAGUGAUCAGUCAACAAAUUCAGUCCGUACAACAGACAAUACAAAGUCAGCAAACUUCUAAUGUCCCUGUGCAAGGUGCUUGGAGACAACAAAACAUACAGAUGGUCCAGAAUGUCCAGGGACAACACCAAAUCAUAAGGAGUCCUUUAGUCCAGACUCGUAACCCUCAAAACCAAGUUAUAUUGCAACAGCAAAUAAUGCAGACACAACAACAGCAGUUGAUCAACAAUCAGCAACCGCAGCUGAGUCCCCAGCACACUAUACAGCAGACUUCGCAGCAGAUACUUCAGCAGACUAUAGGCAGCCAAGCCCAGAGUAUUAGUCAGACUCAUCACCAAAUAUUAGUCCAGAAGCAACAGCUUUUGAACAGUUCUGGGCAGCAACAAAUUGUUCAGGCACCUCAGCAGGUGUUGAUAAAUCAGCACACAGGGCAACAACAGAUAUUGGUGCAUGGGAACCAGCAGGUUACUUUACAAGGUGGACAGCAAAUUGUGUCUCAGAAUCAGAUUGUGCAUCAGGGAGGACAAAUAGUCAACCAGGGUGGGCAGCAGAUAAUAACGCAAGGGACUCAGCAGGUGUUGUCUCAAGGGGGCCAACAUGUGAUCACCCAGCAGGGACAACAGCAAGUGGUUAUUGCUCAGUCGUCUCAACAGAUUGUGACACAGUCUGGUCAGCAAAUAAUAGGACAAACUGUUGGGCAGACUCAGCAGGUUUUGUCUCAGCUGCCGCAGUCACCUCAAGCUGGCACUCAGCUGUCUUCAGGGGGCAGUAUUCAGCAGAUCAUCACCCAUGGGGGUGGUCAGCAGAUAGUGUCGCCUGGCGGGCAGCAAAUCGUGCAAGGGGGCCAGAAUGUCUCCUGGCAGCAGCAGCAGUACUUGCAGCAACGCCAACAGAUAGCUCAGCCGGGAGCAGUUGGCCCGCGGGUCUCAUGGUCCGGCGGAGGCCGUCAGCUGAUCCACCUAGAUGCGCAAACCCAUGCGCAACUGCAGCAAAUGGAUCCGCAGCAACGCGCCAUGUUCGUGGCGCAGCUGCAGAAGCGUCGCCAGCUGUCCAUGCAGCGCGCCGCAGCCCUGGCCCAGCAACAGCAACCAGGAGUUGUGACCGGCUCGCCGGGCGCGCCGUCGCCGGCGGGGGCUCCGCAGAGCGUCACGUUCAUCCGCAGCCAGCUGCCGCCCGGCCUCACGCAGCAACAACAGGUAAAGGUCCAAUGGCUACAGCAACAAGGCGCCCGCGCGGCGACCAUUCCAGCGGCGUCGCCGGCGCAGCCCCCGCAGUCGCCUGUAGGAGCGGGCCCAGUGGCUAGCCCAGUAGGCGCGGGUGGUGCAGCAGGCGGGCCGGUUGACGCUCAGCUGCAACAGUUGCAAAUACAGCGCCAGCAGCAGUACCAGCGGCUGCAGCAGCUGCAGGCGCAGCGGGACCACGUGGCGCACCACCACGCCGCCGUCAAGCAGGUGGCCCCAGGCGUGGGAGUGGGUGUGGGCGUGGGCGUGACGCAACACGUCGUGGGCACGGCCAUAGCCGAACCCCAGGUUGACGCGUUAUUAGCGCCGGCCUCGCAGGAUCAGCAGCAAGGUGCAGGCGGCGCGCUUCUCGUGAAUCACAAGACGAAGACGGCUCUGGCAAAUAUGCUCAGCAUCCGGCUUCAGGGCGCCGCCCCACCCGCCGAUCAUGAGCCGUCCGCCGCGGGGACCCUCAGGUUGAUGACAGCGGCGCAUGCGGCGGGUGGCGCCGUGAGAGCACCUGCGCGGCUGCUCCUCAAUCAUCACCCGCAUCACAAGGUGUACGCGGGCGCGGUGCGGGCGCCGCCGCCGCGCGCGCAGUUCUACGGACACAACCCCAACCUCAAGCUACCGCCCGACCUGUUCCUGCUGGGCUGCGUGUUUCACAUUGUGGAAUACCAGCAGUCUUGGGGGACGGAGCGCGUGGCUCGCUGGGCAGAAGCAAUAGUGCGGCGCGGCGGAGAGGUGGAAGCGGGAUACUGUGCGCGCGUCACGCACGUGCUGUGCGAGACUCAGAAACACGGCGUGGUCAUGCAGGCACUGCGAGACGCGAAACGCUGCGUGACUGCAUACUGGCUAUCUGACGCUAUGCUGCGCCGAGGCGUAGCGCCGCCCUGGCAGGCGUUACACUUGCCUAGUAUGUAUGCUGCACGCGACCGCCCUGCGAGGCACCAUCGCUGCGCCAUAUCAGGCUGGAGGGACGAAGAGAGGGAUAGAAUCACCUUCUGCGUGGAGCAUAUAGGAGCUAAGCUAACGCCAUACAUGACGCGCGACAACACGGUACUAAUCUGCAAGCGAGCUGAAGGCAACAAGUACAGACGCGCGCGCGAGUGGGGUAUCCCAGUGGUAACUGCGGCUUGGCUCACGGACUUACUGCUGGGCAACAUGAGCGCUCUCGCGCAGAUCGAGAAUGCCAAAUAUCAGCAAUUCAACCUAGCCAGUCCGUUUAGGAUGGAUUACAGUUUGGUGUCUCAUCUGAUGAACGCGUGGAAAAUGCCCAUAAACAUAACGCAAGAGUCCAACGAGCGCGCCAAACGCAGCGCCGCCGCCGCGCUCACGCAGCGCCGCGCCAAGCGCCCGCGUCUGUCCCCGCCGCGACCGCCCGCGCCCGCCGCCUUACAACAACCGCCGCUGCAUUUAGCGCCAAGGCAGCCGCCGCUGCAUUUAGCGCCAAGGGUUCUGUUCUCAGCGGUGCCACACCAUGACCAGAACAGACUAGCUGCUAUUGUCAGGCAACUGGGCGGGCUGGUAGUGACGUCAGCAGCCGAGGCUACACAUCUAGUUAUGGAGCGUCUAGUUCGGACCAGCAAGCUGGUGGCGUGCCUCGUCAGCGUCAAGCACCUGCUGAGCUGCGAGUGGGUGCGCGACAGCCAGAGACAGGGCAAGUUCGCUGACGAGGCGGCGCACGAGCUCAGGGAUGAAGCAUUCAACAGCAUGUUCAAAUGCGACAUCGGCGAAGUACUAUUAUCAGGCGAGCAAAGGAGGAAGCUCUUCGAAGGAAUCACCUUCUUCCUCACCCCUUGUGUGAAGCCCUCAAGAUCCGCGCUCACUGAAAUGAUCGAACUCUGCGGCGGAAAAGUCGAGAAGAACCGACGCUCCUACGUCUCUAUCCAGGAAAUGCACACGCAAAAACCCUUCAGCUAUCUAGUGCUGACUGUGCCCAACGAUUUACACCUAGUUUAUUACCUACAGCAGUCUGAAAAAACCCUAAACGUGGUCUGCAGUACCGAGGUGGUGCUAUCCGCGAUAAUGCGGCAAAAGUUAGAAGUAGAGGAAUUCCUCGUGAAAAUAGAUUAAACGUGAUCUUGUUAUGUAUUUCCAUGAAUUUUAUCAAUUCCAAAAUAUGUUUUGUUCCGACAUUUUAAAGUAUUUUAUGUAUUAAUAAAUUUAUCAUCUAAUGUAUUGUACAUACGUUUGAAAAUUAAUUUUGUAACGUCUCGACUUUAGGAUGAUUGUCUAUAUGAUAUGUGUGUAUUGCUUGUAACUUUAUACAGCAAUUUAUUUCUCUGGCUACGGGAAUUCAAUACACUAAGGAUCUCACAUAUCUUCGGCUAUGUCCAUAUUAAAUGAAUUAAAUUAAUUUUAUUAUUGAUAGAAGUAUGCCAUAUAUUUUUUCAUUUUAUUAUUAUUACAGAUUUUAAUGAAUUAAUUCUUUUUGUAGUCGUUGUCUUGACAUUUGAAUUUUAAUUUUGCGGUUAUUAAUGAAGUUGUAAUUUUUUUAUUUUGGAAUCUCUCCGUUUUACUUGUGUUUUUGUAGAACUGUUUAUGAAAUGUAAAUUAAUUUGAAUGAAAUGCAUAUAUUUAUGUUGUGAAGUUAUAAAAUGAAUUCAAUAUUAUUGCUAAAUAUAAGAAGUAACAUUUGGUAUGAAUUUUUA